CCUCUCUCUCUCUCUCUCUCCAUUAAUACUUUUGCACCCUUUAUACGCUCUGCAAUUACUUCUCUCGCUGCCACAUCUCUCUCUUCUCUUUCCUUCUUCCCCUUCUCACCCUCCUCUUCAAAACCCUCCAUCUCUCUCUGUCUCUCUCUUGUGAUUAUAUAUCCUCUUUUUUUUCGUCCGUUUCAUUUCUCUCUCAACUAUUCUUAAAUUCUUUUUCACAAGAAAGGUCACAAUCAAAACCGCCUUUAAAAACAACUCUGCAUCCUCCAAAAAGUGGUUUUCCGUUGACCCACUUGCCUGAAAACCAGAUCUGAGCCUUCUCUCACUUAGCUAAUACUAUAACUUCAAAAGGGUUUCUCUGACGUCACUAAAAAGAAACUCCAACACAAAGAGAGAGAGAGAGAGAGAGAGAGAGAGAGAUCUUUGUGGGCGUUACAGCCACGCUGGUUUGAAAUUAGUGGUGUCAAUAGGCCAGUUCAGACACAUACUCACUGAGUCAACUCUGAUUGGGAAACAAUAGCUUGGGAAGUGGGGAACCCUAAAGAUCUGUGAAGAUGUUUCAGCCAAACAUGUUUGAUACUCAUGAUUUACUAGAUAUGACCCACAAAACCCCGGAAACUGAGUUGGAUAUGCUUAGAGACGAUGAAUUUGAGAGCAAAUCAGGGACCGAUAUCAUGGAGGCCCCCUCCGGUGAGGAUCAAGAUCCCAACCAACGCCCCAACAAAAAGAAGCGGUACCAUCGACACACACAGCAUCAAAUCCAAGAAAUGGAAACUUUCUUCAAUGAUUGCCCUCACCCGGAUGAUAAGCAAAGGAAGGAUCUGGGCCGUAGAUUAGGGUUAGAACCUCUACAAGUUAAAUUUUGGUUCCAAAACAAGCGCACACAGAUGAAGUCCCAACAUGAGCGACAUGACAACUCACUGUUGAAGGCUGAGAACGAAAAGCUUCGUGCAGAGAACAUAAGGUACAAAGAAGCCCUUAGCAAUGCUACUUGUCCCAACUGUGGAGGCCCCGCUGCCAUUGGUGAGAUGUCCUUCGAUGAGCAGCAUUUGAGGAUCGAGAAUGCUCGUCUACGAGAUGAGAUUGACAGGAUUUCUGGAAUUGCUGCAAAAUAUGUUGGCAGGACUGGGCUUUCCCAUCCCAAUGGACCACCUCGUGCACUUGACCUUGGUGUUGUCAAUUUCAUGCCACAGCCCAGCAUGGUAGGUGACUUGUAUGGAGCUGGUGACCUUCUCAGGUCGGUCUCAGCCCCCACUGAGCAAGACAAGCCUAUGAUCAUCGAGCUUGCAGUUGCAGCAAUGGAGGAACUCAUCAAAAUAGCACAAACCGGUGAACCCUUAUGGAUUCCGAGCCCUGAUGACUCCACUGAGGUUUUGAGCGAAGAUGAGUACUUGCGAACCUUCCCUCGUGGUAUAGGGCCGAAACCAUUGGGGUUAAAAUCUGAAGUUUCCCGCGAAUCUGCAGUUGUUAUUAUGAACCACAUUAACCUUGUUGAGAUUCUAAUGGAUGUGAAUCAAUGGACAAGCGUGUUUUCGGGCAUUGUUUCAAGAGCACUAACCUUGGACAUCCUAUCAACUGGAGUGGCAGGGAAUUACAAUGGAGCUUUGCAAGUGAUGACAGCUGAGUUCCAAGUCCUAUCACCACUCGUCCCAACUCGUGAAAACUACUUUGUAAGGUAUUGUAAACAGCAUACCGAUGAAACUUGGGCGGUGGUCGAUGUUUCCUUGGAAAAUUUACACCCUAGCGUAAUAUCACGGUGUAGAAAGAGGCCUUCUGGUUGUUUAAUUCAAGAAUUACCAAAUGGUUACUCAAAGGUUAUAUGGGUUGAACAUGUUGAAGUGGAUGAUAGAGCUGUUCACAAUAUAUACAAACGGCUAGUUAAUUCAGGCCUUGCAUUCGGAGCAAAACGUUGGGUAGCUACAUUGGAUCGACAAUGUGAACGCCUUGCAAGCGCAAUGGCCAAUAACAUACCGGCAGGAGAUGUUGGAGUAAUAACUACUAUAGAAGGGAGGAAAAGUAUGAUGAAACUGGCUCAGCGAAUGGUCAUCGGCUUUUGUUCUGGUGUCGGUGCUUCUACAGCACACACAUGGACAACACUAUCAGGAAGUGGUGCCGAUGAUGUACGUGUCAUGACAAGGAAGAGUAUGGAUGAUCCAGGCAGGCCUCAUGGUAUCGUGCUAAGUGCUGCAACCUCAUUUUGGCUACCGGUUCCACCAAAAAGGGUUUUUGAUUUUCUUCGCAAUGAGAAUGCUCGAAAUGAGUGGGAUAUCCUCUCAAACCGCGGUGUAGUUCAAGAAAUGGCACACAUUGCAAAUGGUCGCGAUCCUGGCAACGCAGUCUCCCUCCUGCGUGUUAAUAGUGGAAACUCAAGCCAAAGCAACAUGCUUAUACUACAAGAGAGUUGCACCGACUCAACAGGCUCUUAUGUUAUAUACGCUCCUGUCGAUAUUGUUGCUAUGAAUGUGGUAUUAAGCGGUGGAGACCCGGAUUAUGUUGCUCUCUUACCAUCUGGUUUUGCAAUACUUCCUGAUGGGCCGAUGCAUCUUGGGGGAGGAAUUCCAGAAGGUGUGUCUGGGGGAUCACUAUUGACCGUUGCGUUUCAGAUCUUGGUUGACUCAGUUCCAACGGCGAAGCUCUCUCUUGGAUCAGUGGCAACAGUAAAUAGCCUUAUCAAGUGCACAGUUGAAAGGAUUAAAGGCGCUAUAGGCAGCGAAAAUGUAUGACCAAAGAAAGGUCUUACAAGUGAAAAUCAAAGAAGAUGAUUGAAAUCAUGGCUGGGUUUUACUCUGAAGAAGCAAAACAAAGUCAAGAACGCACCUUAAUGAUCCUUGCCUUGUGGUGUUUGUCUGGCAAGAAAAUCAGCAAGAAAGCAUUUCACCACCCUGCAAGGAUAAUAGGUUCGGGUAUUGACUUCCAUUAGUGAUUCCAAGAGUAAAAAACGAAUCUCUUCUUUUCACAUAACUUAUAUAAACUCCCCAAUUCACCUUUGUUUUUCUUUUGAGGACUAGGUUUUUGUGCAUGUGUUUUUUCCUAAAGAGAUUUUUGGUUGUUUGGAUUGUAGUAGCUCAGUCAGACUAAUUUCUGAAAUUGCAGUAGAUUUUUUUUAAUCUAUAUAUGCAACUUUUGUUGUCUAUUGCUUGUGGCCUCAUAUGGUUUACAAAUCAACUCAUUCUUAUGAUGAUUUUAAAUAUUGAUUGAUA